AUGGUAAAACGUUAUAAAAUUGGAGUUUACGCUGCUGGCGACAUUGGUUCAUUCGCUCUAUUACUGCUUAUUAUUAGUGUAGGUACACCUGUAUGGCUUGAUGGUGGAUCAGGAAACACAGUUGGUCUUUUCCGUAAAUGUUAUGGAGCCGGUAUUUCAACUACGAUCGCACCUAAUGGCUCAGGUUGUUAUGAUGAAAAUCGGGCUCCAACAGCGGGUCUGUCUGUUUUUGGCAUUCUACUGCUUGGUAUCUCUAUAAUUUUGGCCAUAAUUGGUGGGUGUCUGGAAAAUCAAGUAAUUCUAGUAGUGUCACUUUUUCUUUUUUACUUUUCAUCUAUGUUCGUUAUGGCAGCAUAUGCAACAUGGGGAGUUUAUUCACGAGAUGAAAAUUUAUAUACUUUUCCAAGCUCAGCGCCAGCAUCACUUGCGAAUCAUACAUCGAUGGGAUCUUCAUAUAAUUUAUGUGUUGCAGCACAUUACUUUCUCUGGACUGCACUUACAAUAAUUGCAGUGGUUGUUGGUUGCAGUUUUAAUCACAUGUAA